AUCGAGCCCAACCCGGAGAAGGUCUAGGCAAUCCUGGACAUGGAGGCCCCCCGCUCCACAAAGAAAGUGCAACGACUGACGGGAAAGAUGGCCGCACUCGGCCGAUUUUUGUCAAACUCCACCGAGAAGAGCAUUCCUUUCUUUGGCACGCUGAAGAAGUUCCCGAAGUUCCAAUGGACGCCCGAAUGCCAAACGGCGUUCGAAGAAUUGAAGAAGUAUCUACUAACCCCGCAAGUGUUGGCGAAGCCAGUCAAAGGCGAGAAGCUAUACCUCUAUUUGGGCGUCAGCCCUAGAGCUAUAAGCUCUGUCUUGUUACGAGAGGAAGGGGACACGCAACGCCCCAUUUACUAUGUCAGCAGGACCUUGAGGGAUGCCGAGUUCAGAUACUCGGUAGUAGAGAAAACAGUCCUGGCCGUCGUAAACACGGUCAAGAAGUUGAACCAUUAUUUUCAAGCCCAUGAAGUGGAGGUGAGGAGUCAUCAGCCUCUGAGCAUCAUCAUCAGGAAUCCAACCGCCUCUAACAGGGUCAUCAAGUGGUCUGUUUAUCUCAGCCAGUAUCAGAUAGAAAUGAAGCCGAUGACAGCGAUCAAGGCCCAGGCCUUGGCCGAUUUCAUGGUGGAAUGCACGGCGCGAGACACCAAUCCCAUGCCCACGGCCGAACAGGGCGAGUGGUGGACUUUGUCCACUGAUGGAUCAUCAGCUGAAAAAGCUUGCGGUGGGGGCGUAGUAAUCCAAUCACCUGAAGGAUUCCGCUCCUAUCACGCAAUAAAGUUCCAAUUCAAGGUGUCCAACAAUGAAGCAGAGUACGAAGCAUUAUUGAGCGGCCUGAAGGCCGAGUACGUCAGGAUCAGGUGCGAUUCGCGCCUGGUCGUCAGUCAGAUCAAAGGAGAAUUUGACACCAAGGAGGAGCGGAUGCGCCUAUACAAGGAGGCAGCCCUGGAAUUGCUCAAAACCCUCAAAGGAUACGAGCUUGUGCAAAUCCCUAGGGUGGAGAACACCGAGGCUGACGUCCUCUCUAAGCUGAGCAACGACAGUUCUGAGCACAUCUCCAAGAUGGCUCAUGUUGAAGACCUGGGAACUCCGAGUAUCCACGUGCAGCUCAUAUCUGUUAUCACUGAAGGAACCAGCGGCUGGAUCGCAGAGUUGAUCCGAUACAAGAAGGAUGGGAUCCUUCCCAACGGCGAGACAGCGGCCCGUUUGGUCAAACGUAGGGCGUCGACGUAUGUCAUUAAGAACGGCCGACUGUACAAGAGGUCAUAUAACGGCACACUGUUGAGAUGCGUUGACGAAGCCAGUGCAGGGCAGAUCAUGGAAGAAGUUCACGAGGGAAUAUACGCAGCACACCAUGGUCCUUUCUCCAUGGCUAGACGCAUAGUCCUGCAGGGCUAUUUAUGGCCGACCAUGGUGAAGGAUUGUGCCAGACGUGCUAAGCGUUGCAAAGUGUGUCAAAAUUUUCAGAACAUCCCUGGAAGACCGGGAACGAGUUACCAUCCCAUCAGCUCUUCAAUUCCCUUCGCUCAUUGGGGAAUAGACCUGAUAGGUUUAAUGUCGAGGGCACCUGGCAACUUCCGGUGGAUCAUUGUGGCCGUCGAUUACUUCACAAAGUGGAUCGAGGCCGAGCCCUUAGUGGGAGGAACCUCGGAACAAUGCUCAAAAUUUGUGAGCAACAACAUACUCUGUCGAUAUGGUGUCCCAAGGCAGAUCACUACAGAUAACGGAACCCAGUUCGAGGCUGGACAUUUCAACGAAUUUCUGCAAGAUUGGAAGAUAAAACACACCUACAGCUCUGUGGCUUACCCUCAGGGGAACGACCAAGUGGAGAAUGCCAAUCGGACGAUCAUGGAUGGGAUCAAGAAGAGGCUUGAGUCCUACAAAGGUGCAUGGGUGGACCAACUCCCCAACGUACUAUGGGCAUACCGUGCCACUCCGAGGAGGGCGACGGGAGAAACGCCGUUCUCCAUGUGUUAUGGCCUGGAGGCCAGGGCACCCUCGGAGAUGUUCAUCCCAACAUGGAGGGAAGAGAAUUAUAAAGCUCAAGAAAACGAGAAAACCAUGGCGACCGACCUCCAUUUCAUUGAAGAACGCCGGGAGCGAGCCUUCCUCAGAGCAGAAAACUACCGAAGGCAGGUCAAAGAGUAUUACGACUGCAAGGUUAGACCAAGGGAAUUCCGAGUAGGAGACUUGGUGCUCAGAAAGAGGGAAGCUAGUCAACCCACAAAAGGGGGAAAGUUCGCCAAAAGCUACGAAGAACCUUACAAGGUCACAUUUGUGCUAAGUCUGGGUACCUACAAGCUCUCCAUGCUUGAAGGCCGUGAACUCGGCAGACACUGGAACACGCACAAUCUCAUUUCUUUCUACAUGUGAUGCACUGAGAACCGUAACCAGUCGGCCUCGGUAGCAAAAAAAUAUUCUACUUAAUG